UUUUGCUAUUCUGUGUCUGACAACCCUGAAUCUGAUGGAUUGUCUUUCUCGAGUUCGGAAUACGGAUUGUCGGCAGGACUUGAGCCAGGUAUUCUGACUGGCAGUUCUAUAUGCUCCGAAAUAUGUCGGCAAGAAGAGUUGCAGUCUUUCACUAGCGGCAUUAGUGCUGGACUGAAUAGUGAUGGCACCAGCAGUAUAAUUGGUUGUGCUCAUUCCAAAAACGGGGCUAGCAAACCUGCAAAUCGCGAACACUGCACAUCGUCUGGUAACCAGACCUCAUUUUCAGUCUGUCUCUUGAAUAUGGACCAAGCGCCACCUUUGUUGGCAAGUGGGAUAUUGGCUGUGCCAUCUUUUCAGGCGAAAGUGACAACUAACUUCGCCAACCUUGCUUUAGAUUCCUUGAAGGAAUCAGUUACCAGAGUGCCGGGAAUUUCACAAGCAUUAUCGACAACUGGAACCAUGAAAUUAACAUCAAGUCUAAAAACGACCGCAUCUAAGAUAGCCUUCUUGGGGCAAAUCGACCCAAAUAAAUUGGACUUGGGACUGGAUUUUGAUCAAGAAUUUGAGAUGGAAGAGGACAUUCACGACGAAACGGAAGGACGAGAAGACAAUGAUGAUGAUGAAGAUGAACCGUAUGGAGUAGAAGAGAUUGAAUUAGGAGAUGAUUUCGAUGAAGAUGUAGACGUCAGACUGAGGACGCUUGGUCUUGGCGGGCACGUACAAAGGCAGCAUGUGAGUUCCGAACAGAAAAUUCAAUAUUCAGAAAAAGGCAAUCAUUAA